AGCAGAUAUCAGACCGUCCUCAGAGAAACACUGAAUCUGCUGCUUUUGUCUCAUGGAGACAUUUUACUCUCUUUAAUCUGUUUUUAUUUUAGUUUGAUUAAAUCUGUUGCUCAGGAUGACACCUGAGUCUCUUUUCUUGCUGUUUCUUCUCAUCCUCCGCUCUGAAACGUCAAGUCCACCAAAGAGAGACCCGCCACCACCACGCUUAGAGCAGCAGAUCCAGCAGGUCGGACAGAAACCCACCACCACCCCCGAAGCAGACGAUGAGUUUCUGGGUUCACAGGAGUGUCUGAACAAAAAGCUGACCCGGGCCUCGUGUGACCUGGUCUUCUGUCCUCCAUGGCAGCGAUGCAUCGAUGGACAGUGCAGCUGUAAACCCCCCUACCUGUGCCCCUUAGAGGGUCUGAAACCAGUCUGUGGGCUGAACCGCAAGAACUACAGAUCCUACUGCCAGGCGAUGGCCGCCUCCUGCCGCAACAAUCAACCUCUUUUCUCUCAUUUUGGAGAAAACUGUAAAGAUUCUAAAACGUUCCACAGCUCCAUGGACUCAGACUCAGGCCUGAUCAGGAUCUUUCUUCCUGAUGGAGCUGGAGGUGGAGAUCAGCUGCUGCUGUGUGGCGAGCUGUGGGACAUGGCUGCUGCUAACGUAGCCUGCAAGGCACAGACACACACACUGGGCGCAGCAGCUACACACACCAUGGACUACGACACCCUUUUGGCCAACAGCCGCAACCAAGAUCUACCCAGCAGCUGCGUCAGCGUGCGCUGUCAGGGCUACGAGAUGUUGCUGGCUGAGUGUGAAAUCUACGACAAGCAGAAAGCUGAAGGCAGGAAGGUGGCUGCAGCGACCUGCUAUCCAACAACAGCUGCCCCCCAAGCGUGUGAGUUCACCUGUGCGAACACAAAGUGCAUCUUCAGGAACCAAACGUGUGACGGAGUCGACGACUGCGGCGACCGGAGCGAUGAGAUGUGCUGCAGAAAAUGCAGGAAUGGAGCGUUUCGCUGUGAGACGGGUGUUUGUUUGCAUAAAGACGCUGUUGGUGACAAACAGAUCGACUGUGUGAAUGGAGCAGAUGAAGCAACAAAACACACAACAAGCUAUAAUGUAAGCUCGACUCAAACACCUUCAGAUUACGUCUCUCGUAAAAACGAAACCAGGAGCAACAGAGAGAUGCUGGAGAGCAAGCUGUUCUGUGGGAUCCCCAACGAGGACCUGGUGGACGAUGUGGAGGUGGAUGAACGAGGACGGUCCAGUCGGAGGAAGAGGGUGGUGGGAGGACUCCCAGCGAAACCUACUCAGAUCCAGUGGCAGAUCGCUCUGGAGGAGAACAGAAGGAUCGACUGUGGAGGAGCGUACAUCGGAGGCUGCUGGGUGCUCACCGCCGCUCACUGUGUCAGGGAGAACCCCUCCGCCUUCAAGGUCAAGUUCUCUCUCUGGAAGAAGCAUCGAGCUCAGGGAACGACAGACAUUGUUCCUGUACAGGACAUCCACAUCCAUCCAAACUACGUCCCCACCACCUACGAGAACGACAUCGCUCUCAUAAAGCUCCAGAAGCUUCCCUUCUCAGAGAAAUGCUUCGUCGACAACCCGGCCAUCAGAGCUGUUUGUGUCCCCUGGUCCACUCAGCUGUUCCAGCCCAACCACACCUGCAGCAUCUCAGGCUGGGGCCGCACCGCAGAUGGGAAGGCUGCUCAGGUGCUGCUGUGGGCCAACGUUUCCCUCAUCGCAGGCUGUGAGUCCUCCUACGCAGAUCGKUUUAAACCAGGGAUGAUGUGUGCAGGGGAUCUGGACGGCCACGUGGACUCGUGUCAGGGGGACAGCGGGGGUCCUCUGGUCUGUGAGGAUGAACUCGGGGUCUCCUACCUGUGGGGGAUCGUCAGCUGGGGGGAGAGGUGUGGACAACCAGGAUUCCCUGGA